UUAAAGCAUUGUUUACGUCUGUCGUGAAAGUAGGUCACAGGAAAGUGUGACGGUUAGCUGGUGAACAGAAUCCGAUUGCUUUUACAGAUACAUACAUUACAGUGUCAUACUAAAACCUUCAGGUAUACGAGACUCCAGUGAUCGCAGUGGUGCCCCUGAAAGACAGCUGUUCUUUCUAUGAUUGACAGGUGCGGAGGCUCCUGGUUGGCAUGUCGAGGCGGAGCAGAAACAGCAGGGCGUGGAGGUACGUAUGGAGUGGGAUCCGACGGGAUGCAGAUGCAAGAGCGCUGGUGCUUGCCUCCGAGAAUGACGAGUGGGGUUAUGAUCGCCAGCAGUACAGUGACUCUGAUUCUGAAGCCGAGUAUCCAGCCAUUGUUCCGGCGGUUCCGAGCGCAGUGCCUGUAACGGGAGAGUCAUACUGCAGCUGUGAUUCACAGAUGGAACUCAGCUGUAACCCACGGCUCCGGGGUUAUACACACUUGCGAGACUGCCACUGCGGAGAAGAUGACCAAGAUUUUGACUGGGUGUGGGAUGAGGGCAGCCGGUCGUCUGCUACGCUGCUGAGCUGUGAGAACAGGAAAGUGAGCUUCCACUCGGAGUAUAGCUGUGGAACGGCAGCCAUUCGCGGCUCCAAAGAACUCUCAGAGGGACAGCACUUCUGGGAGAUUAAAAUGACUUCCCCAGUCUACGGCACAGACAUGAUGGUUGGUAUUGGCUCAUCAGAUGUGAGUCUGGACAAAUAUAGACACACAUUCUGCAGCCUGCUGGGUAAAGAUGAAGACAGCUGGGGUCUGUCAUAUACAGGUCUGUUACAUCAUAACGGUGAUAAAGUAAGCUUUUCAUCACGUUUUGGACAGGGUUCCAUUAUUGGUGUUCACUUGGACACUUGGCACGGCACCCUCACCUUCUACAAAAACCGCAAGUGCAUCGGAGUAGCAGCUACAGAGAUGAAGAAUAAGCGUGUUUUUCCGAUGGCGUGUUCCACCGCGGCCAAAAGCAGCAUGAAGGUGAUUCGCUCGGUCUCCGCGCCCACCUCUCUACAGUACCUGUGUUGCUCACGACUGCGCAAGCUGCUCCCGUCUGGAGUCGAUGCCCUCCGAGUCCUGCCCCUGCCGCCCGGCCUCAGACACCUUCUUCACUCCAAGCUGGGAUGGGUGCUAAGCCUGGAUCAUACGCACACGCACUCGAACACACACACCCCGCCAGGACCCUCCUCGGGCAGUGACUCUGAGGGCUGCUCCUCAGACCCCGAGGCCUGCCAGCGGAAACGUUGCCGCUGGACCUGAGGCUGCGUGUGCACGUCCAUUAUGCAUCAUUAUGCACACAUCAGAAAAUGUCUCCACAAAUAAAAAAAGAACCAACAUUAUAUAAACACUGGGCGUGUGCUGUGGAUAACAACGGUGGAUAACAGGGCUGGCUGAGUAACGUCAAGGUCAGUCAAGCCUGUUUUACUAGUUGCAUCGCUGGUAAAUAUUCAUCUUUCAAGGCUCUAAAGGUAGUUUGCUCCAUCAGGUGACAUUUGGAUAUAUAUUACAUUCAGCUCUUCAGACAAAAGCAAGAUGUGAACCUCAUGAACCUGUUCUGAUGUGGGGAACAAUAACAUGCCACCAUCUGAAGCGCAGACAAACUCACACACUGUUUGCAUUCACACAAUAAACACAAACGAUACACCUUGAGUGAACUGAAUUUCUCCAUUACUGCCGUCACUUGGGGGCAGAAAAAGUUACCUGAUCUCCUCUGAUGUAAUGCAUAUUCAUGUCUCUCCAUUACAGACCACUCCGACAUCUCAGCACUUCUCUCUUUAUGUUUGAACAAUCGUUGUAUGUUUUUACUCUAUUCUUAUUUUAUCAAACAACUUGGACUUACCAACACAACAGUGACGUCAUGAUGAAUAUUGUCUGCAUAAAUGUGUUUUAAAUACCAUUAUGUUGAAAUGGUGAGGGAAAUGCCUGUGUAUUUUGACAGUUCUUGUCUCUAGGAAUUACUUUGGGCCCUAGUUAUUACUCAAAGUGUGUUGAUGUGUAUCUGAACUGUAUUUCCGUAGAAAUUCUGUUUCCCUGGAAAUACCUUGAUGCAGUUGUCCAACUGACUGAUGCUAAGUGAAGUGGAGGUUGAUUCAUGUUCAAUCUGUUCAACAUCUCUACGUGAGGUUCAUAUUGAAUUCAUAUGGGGUUUAUAUUAAAGAUUUUGUAAUUCAUUGUUU